GACGGGGGGCACGCGCCAGGGCCUCGCGGCGAGGCCGGCGGGAGCGCGAAGGCGAGGCAGCGUGGUGCUGUGGUGGGGCCGCCCCGACGGGCGUGGGCCGCACAGCGUGGCCGUGAGGACGCUGAGAGUGGGGACACAUGGGGCAGAGGCCCAUGGGCGUGCGACGGAGGACCUGCUCAGAGGGACACCCCUAACGUUCUUCCCUCUCCCCAGGCCUGAACUGCAGUUUCUGUGCUCUGGCUCCAAGACUGGCACCUCCUGCGGCCUAGUGCCUUUUGCCUGCAUUGCCUGCAGAGUCCCACUCAACUGCCUUCAGCUCGGUUCACACCGAGGCCCCGCCCUCUCCCACUGGCCCCCCCAGGCCCACCUUUAGGAGGGCGUAAUGCAAAGGUCCCUGGAGGAUGGGAAUGAGUCCCCACACUCCCAGGGCCAUGCCACUGACUGGAGGUUUGCUGUGUGCAGUUUCAGGGAUGCCUGGAAAGAGGAGGAAUCUGCUUCCCAGAUGCACAUUAAGGACCCAGGUGCUCCAAGACCAUCAGCCGGGGCAGCCCAGGAUGAGGGGUUACAGGGCAGCCGCUUGUCCAGGGAGCUUCAGUUGCCCCCGGCUGCAGGUGGAUUAGGGAAUGCCCAGAGGGGCAUAGUAGAAAGCUCCUCAGUCCUCUCAGAAGGGCCAGGCCUCUCUGGAGUGGAGAGCCUCCUAUGCCCCAUGUCCUCCCACCUCAGCUUGGCACAGGGUGAGAGUGACAGCCCAGGGGUAGGGUUGGUAGGGGACCCAGAUCCAAGCAGGGCAAUGCCAUCUGGCUUGAGCUCUGGGGGAUUGGACAGUGAUCCUGUGGGCCUUGGAGACCCUUUAUCAGAGACAUCGUCAAAGCUGCUGGAGGCAGCCCCCAGUGGAUCCAGCCUCCCUAAGCCUGCUGACUGCCUCCUGGCCCAAGACCUCUGCUGGGAGCUGCUGGCCAGUGGCGUGGCCACCUUGCCAGGUACUCGGGAUGUGAAAGGUCGAGCAGUGCUGCUUCUGUGUGCCCACAGUCCAGCCUGGCUUCAGCCCGAGUGCAGCAGCCAGGAACUCAUCCGCCUCCUACUCUACCUGCGAAGCAUCCCCAGGGCUGAAGUCCAGGCCCUGGGACUGACGGUGCUAAUAGAUGCUCGAAUUUGUUCCCCAAGUUCUUCCCUCUUCUUUGGGCUCAGCCAACUACAAGAAGCAGCCCCAGGGGCCGUGCACCAGGUGCUGCUAGUGGGAAGCAUGCUGCUGGAGGAGGUGCCUUCCGGGCUGCAGCUGGAGCAGCUGCCUUGUCAUCAGAGCCUGCUGACCCACAUCCCAACAGCGGAGCUGCCCACUUGGCUAGGAGGAGGCCUUCCUUACUGCCAUCAGGCCUGGCUGGAUUUCCGGAGGCGGCUGGAAGCCCUACUGCAGAACUGUCAGGCGGCUUGUGUCCUGCUCCAGGGGGCCAUUGAAAGUAUGAAGGCUGUGCCCCAGCCCAUGGAACCUGGGGAGGUCAGUCAGCUGCUACAGCAGACAGAGGUCCUGAUGCAGCAGGUGCUAGACUCGCCACGGCUGGCAUGGCUACAAUGCCAGGGGGGCCAGGAGCUGACAUGGCUGAAGCAAGAGGUCCCAGAGGUGGCCCUGAGCCCAGACUACAGGACAGCAAUGGACAAGGCUGAUGAGCUAUAUGACCAUGUGGAUGGAUUGCUGCACCAACUGACACUGCAGAGCAACCAGCGAAUACAGGCCCUGGAGUUGGUCCAAACACUGGUGACCCAGGAGGGCGGACUGCACCAGAUUGAAGUGUGGCUGCAGCAGGUGGGCUGGCCAGCACUGGAGGAGCCUGGGGAAGCCUCACUGGACAUGAUGCUCCAGGCCCAAGGCCCUUUUCGGGAGCUGUACCAGGUUGCCCAGGAGCAGGUCAGGCAAGGAGAGAAGCUUCUGCAGCCACUGGCUGGCUGGGAGGCAGCUGAGCUGGGCCCCCCUGGGGCACGCUUUCUGGCCCUGCGAGCCCAGCUGACUGAAUUCUCUAGGGCUUUGGCCAGGCGGUGCCAGCGGCUGGCAGAUGCUGAGAGGCUGUUUCAGCUCUUCAGAGAGGCCUUGACGUGGGCUGAGGAGGGGCAGCAGGUGUUGGCAGAGCUGGAGCAGGAGCGCCCAAGGGUUGUGUUGCAGCGGCUGCAGCUGCAUUGGACCAGGCACCCUGACUUGCCUCCUGCCCAUUUCCGAAAGAUGUGGGCUCUGGCCACAGGGCUAGGCUCAGAGGCCAUCCGCCAGGAGUGCCGCUGGGCCUGGGCACGGUGCCAGGACACCUGGCUGGCCCUGGACCAAAAGCUCGAGGUUGCACUGAAGCUACCACUGGUGGGCAGCACUGCUAGCCUGUGUGUCAGCCAGGUCCCCAGUGCACCUGCCCACCCUCCCCUGAGGAAGGCCUACAGCUUUGAUCGAAAUCUGGGGCAGAGUCUCAGUGAACCUGCCCGCCACUGCCACCACGCGGCCACUAUUGGUGCCUGCCACAGACCAGAGGCUGGAGGAAGUGCCCAGUCCCAGGCAUCCCCUACUGUGCCUCCACCAGGCAGCUCUGACCCCAGGAGCCCCAACAGGCUGCAGUUGGUGCUGGCAGAGAUGGUGGCCACAGAGCGAGAGUAUGUCCGGGCCCUAGAGUACACAGUGGUGCACUAUUUCCCCGAGCUGGAUCGCCCCGAUGUGCCCCAGGGCCUCCGUGGCCAGCGUACCCACCUCUUUGGCAACCUGGAGAAGCUGCGGGACUUCCACUGCCACUUCUUCCUGCGUGAGCUGGAGGCUUGCACCCGGCACCCGCCUCGAGUGGCCUAUGCCUUCCUGCGCCAUAGGGUGCAGUUUGGGAUGUAUGCGCUCUACAGCAAGAAUAAGCCUCGCUCGGAUGCCCUGAUGUCCAGCUAUGGGCACACCUUCUUCAAGGACAAGCAGCAAGCACUGGGGGACCACCUGGACCUGGCCUCCUACUUGCUAAAGCCCAUCCAGCGCAUGGGCAAGUAUGCGCUACUGCUGCAGGAACUGGCACGGGCCUGCAGGGGUCCCACGAGGGAGCUCAGCGCACUGCAGGAGGCCCAGAGUCUCGUGCAUUUUCAGCUGCGGCACGGCAAUGACCUGCUGGCCAUGGACGCCAUCCAGGGCUGUGAUGUUAACCUCAAGGAACAGGGUCAGUUGGUGCGACAGGAUGAGUUCGUGGUGCGCACUGGGCGCCACAAGUCCGUUCGCCGCAUCUUCCUCUUCGAGGAGCUGCUGCUCUUUAGCAAGCCUCGCCACGGGCCGACGGGCAUAGACACAUUUGCCUAUAAGCGCUCCUUCAAGAUGGCAGACCUUGGUCUCACUGAGUGCUGUGGGGACAGCAACCUGCGCUUCGAGAUCUGGUUCCGCCGCCGGAAGGCCAGAGACACCUUUGUCCUACAGGCCUCCAGCUUGGCCAUCAAACAAGCCUGGACGGCUGACAUCUCCUGCCUGCUCUGGAGGCAGGCCGUCCACAACAAGGAGGUGCGCAUGGCUGAGAUGGUGUCCAUGGGUGUGGGGAACAAGGCCUUCCGAGACAUUGCCCCCAGUGAGGAAGCUAUCAAUGACCGCACCGUCAACUAUGUCCUGAAGUGCCGAGAAGUUCGUUCUCGGGCCUCCAUUGCUGUGGCCCCAUUUGACUCUGACAGCCUCUACCUGGGGGCCUCAAACUCCCUUCCUGGAGACCCUGCCUCUUGCUCUGUUCUGGGGUCCCUCAACCUGCACCUGUACAGAGACCCGGCUCUUCUGGGUCUCCGAUGUCCUCUGUAUCCCCCCAACUUCCCGGAGGAAGCACCACUGGAGGCCGAGGUGGAGCUGGGCAGCCUGCCCUCUUUGACUCCUGAGGACUCAGAGGUCUCAUCCCAAUGCCCAUCAGCCAGUGGCUCCAGUGGCUCUGACAGCAGCUGUGUGUCAGGGCAGGCCCUGGGUAGGGGCAUCGAGGACUUAUCCUAUGUCUGAGCCCGGGACUGGACAGGGAUUCAGUAGCCUGCAGCUCCAAGGAACAAUACCUCUCUGGAUCUGCUGUGACCAGGGUGUGGCUGACACCUGGGUUACCUCCAGCCUGUGUGCAGCCCUGUUGACUACCCUUUCUGAUGUCUGUGGCCAUUGGACAAACUGGCAUGGGGCCUCUCUAGGGGAGUUUGGCUGUAGAGCUGGUGGGGGACCAUGUGCCUCUGGGCAGUGACUAGGCUACCCCCAUCCUUCAGGAGGAACACAGGUGGGCUCCUAGCAGCUGCUCCCCAAUCCCUGGCCUUCAAGCCAAGCUCACCUCCCAUAGGGGAAGAUCCACCUCUACUGUGCCCUGAUGCUUACCCAUCCUGGCCCCCAGGCCCAGCCCCUUUUUUCCUUUUUAUUUUGACUUGAUGUCUUUUUUAAUAACUUUCAAUAGAGUUGUCUAAAAUUAUCUCACUGGUUGUUAGGCCUUUGGCGUCUCAGAGAAGGAGUCUAGUUCUUUGACGUGUGAUUUACUCUUUUAUUUCUUUAUAAUAAAAAGUAGACUAAUAUGUA